AGGAAAUCGAGACUUAAAGGCGUGUGAAGACUAAAGUCAGCUGAACACGGACUACGCACAAUUAUGAGAACAAUUAAAAAUAGUAUGGAUCCGGGAGAAGUAUUGUGAGCUUUUUAAUGUAUUACAGUUGUAUGCAGUUUGAGCUGAAAUUCCGGCUACUUCCUCAUUUCUGAUGGAAACUGGAAGCUAUGUCUACAGACUAAACGAUUACGCACGGAGGAAAGGUUUUGAGCUGCACUAUGAGGAAAGUGACUCUGGUCCUGUACACGACAAAACAUACAUCCGGAGGGUAGUCCUAAAUGGAAAAGUCUAUCCUGAUGGUGAGGGGAAGACCAAGAAGGAAGCCAAGCAAAACGCGGCUAAAAAUGCCCUGAGAGGCUUGUUGGAGAAUGAACAUCAGGACUCAGCUGACACAACUGCAGAUGAGAAAUACGACUGUACAUCAGCUCAACAAAAUGAGGCAUCAAAUCAAAAUGUUUCUGAUAUCUGUAAUAAGAUGAGACAUCUCAGUGGGAGCUCACAGCGUUACAGAGACCAACAGAGACAAGGAGGGACAAAUUACAUUGGAAUUGUUGACCACUACUGUCAGAAAACCAGGCGCUGCCAUUCAUACAUUGAAGAGAGGAGAUGCGGUACAGUUAGUAACCCUAUAUUUUUCUACAAAUUAAUGAUUGACAAAAAGCUAUACCCCGAGGGUGAGGGAAAGACUGUCAAGGAAGCUAAACAAAAUGCAGCUCGGCUGGGCUGGUCUGCUCUCCAAGAACAGUCAGACUGGGACAGCAAGGUGUCCAUCAGAUCAACAGUGUCCGAAGACAGUGCAUCUCCUAUGUUGUCUGCGCGGGCAACUACAGUGGAGUCCCAUGAAUCAUCAUCACAAAGCACGCCAACGGACACAAGUAGCUCAACAAUAUUCACCGAUCCAUCAAACCCUUCCAAAGCUCAGAUCCCCUUAGGAUCAACUGUGUCUGAAGAUGAUGCACCAACCGGGUUGUCAACACCAACUUCACUGGAGUCUCUUGCAUCGUCACAAAGCAUGUCGACGGGUACAAGUGGCUCAGGAAUAUUCACAGAUUCAUCGAACUCUUCCAAGGAUCAGCAUACUGUCAAAGACCAGAAUAUGGGAAAUAGUCAGAAUGAGACAUCCAUCCAGUCAAGGUUUACUUCAGACUUUGAUCCCAUGGAGUGUCUUGGCAGUGGAGCCUUUGGUUGUGUUUACAAAGUAAAACAUAAACUGCUGAACAAGUAUUAUGCUGUAAAGAUUGUCUGCCGUGAAGAGAAAUCUCUUCGAGAGGUGGAGACAUUAUCAGACCUCCACCACUGUAAUAUCGUCAGAUACUACACAUUCUGGAUGGAAGAUUCAGCAUACCAAUGGCACAUCUUAGCUGACAGUAACAGCUCUUCCCAGUCUACAGAUAAUUCAUCGGCAAAGUACCUCUAUAUUCAGAUGGAGUUAUGCGACACCAAAACACUUAAAGUGUGGAUUGAUGAGAAGAACGAUCAGUCUCUGCAAGACUCCAAGAGAAGAGAAGGAAGUCUAAGCAUUGCUCAACAAAUAGUUAGUGGAGUCGAGUAUAUUCACUCCAAGAAGAACAUCCACAGGGACCUUAAGCCUGAAAACAUCUUGUUUGGACUGGAUGGAGAAGUGAAGAUCGGAGACUUUGGUCUGGUCACCAUAGAUGAUGAUGACGACGAUGCUUUGAUGGAGAGAACAGGGCACAGAGGAACCACAACUUACAUGGCUCCUGAACAAAAGAGGGAGAAGACCUAUGACCGAAAAGUGGACAUAUUCGCUCUGGGGUUGAUCUAUUUUGAACUCCUUUGGAAACUAUCUACUGGCCACGAAAGAGUAGUGGUUUGGGAUGAUGCCAGAAGUCAGAAGCUCCCCGAAGAGUUUUCACGGACUUUCCCCCAAGAGACCCAAAUCAUUAACUCUAUGCUGUGUGAGAAGCCAGAAGAGCGACCUGAAGCAAGUAAACUGAAGGCAGAGCUGGAGAAGUGGGCUCAGACAUACAACGCACAAAAUGUGCAUCAGGAAAAUGCAACUGUCUGAUUAUCACAAGGAAUUAUGACAAGUCUUUAGGAACGGAAAUAUGUCUGUUCUGGUGUCUGUGAUUUAAUGGAAUGAUUUGAUAUACAUUAAUAUGAUUUUGGAGGGAAUGGUUAACAUACUGCAGCAGUACUGUAGUAGUAGUAUUGCACUAGUACAAAGCACUUCACAAGGCCUCACAGUCACUCACACAUACACAAGUAUGGCUAUGGAUGGCAGAUUGGGGUUCAAGGACACUUCAACAUGCAGACAGGAGCUCAAAUCAUUUAUCAUGCAAUUAAUGAGCAACCUAAGAAGACAUAAUAUUAUUGGUUGUAUAAUCAGGGAAUGGAGCAUGAAAUCAAAUGUUAUUGGGACUUUAAAGUAUAACUUUUGUUCUAAAUAAUCAUGUGCCGGUAAUUUCUGUGUCCACAGUUAUAAACAGUUAUUCUGUUUGUCCAUUUUUUUGUACUGGAUAUGUUAAUAAUGGGUAUCUGGGGUAGAAUGGUCAUGCAUCUACACACUAUGUACAUAUAUAUACAGUAUGUACACACAUACUAUACUGUAUUCAAAAUAAAACAAACAGUUAUUAGCGUACUGCACUUAUAUUACUUAUACUGUAUAAAUGUGAGAAAAUUAUAUUGAGCUUUUUUCUUCUUUUUGUCUAACUCUCCCUGCACCCCUUCUACAUUUUAUUAUGUUGUGUCAUUGCAUAUUAGGGGUGGGUGAUACCACAGAAUUUGAUAUUGAUAUAUUUUUUUAUAUCAAAACUGGCUAUAAUAACGUCAUGUUUUAUGAGUUUGAUUAUUUCAAUAAAAGGCUUUUGUAUAUCA